CGCGGGGCCAAAGAUGCGCGACCCGCCGAGGCUCCCGUCGCCUUGUUUAUCGUGAAUAAUCGUUAUCAAGUGUGACUAUUACAAUUUCCAGAUCACUACAAAAGUAAAUAAAAAUGGCGGAGGACAGAGCUGUCAGUUCAGGCAGCAGUAGCAGUGGUGAGGCUAGCAGGCUCCAGUUACUCCAAGAGAUGCGUCAGCAGAAUUUUGAUAGUAUCAGAUUUGCAUCGUACAGAACUGCGUGCAAACUGAGAUUUAUACAGAAAAAAGUUCACCUGCACAACGUUGAUAUAUGGAACGUGAUUGAGGCAUUCAGGGAAAAUGGUCUCAACACACUGGAGCCGUCAAGCACACUCGGUGUAUCGCGACUCGAAACUUUACUGUCUUCCCUAUUUCACGCUCUUAAUAAAAGGGUACCUGUGUCACAACAGUGUAAAGUUGAUUCUAUAACUGCAUUGCUCCUGAAUUGGCUUCUCGCUGCUUAUACUAGCGGAGAAAACAAUAAAAUCACUGUUUUUUCGGUUAAAGUUGCUCUCGCAACUAUCUGUGCUGGCAAGUUGAUGGACAAAUUUCGAUAUAUUUAUUCUCAAAUAUCGGACAGCAAUGGUCACAUGAUCCACUGGAGGUUUUCGGAAUAUCUGAAAGAAGUUUUAUCCCUAACGGCCGCUGUCUACGAAACGCCGUCCUUCCCGUACUCCGAGGGGCUAGCUGCCACGAUAUUCCCACCGAAUUCCAAAGUUACUGUUAACGAUUUCCUCGACACGCUAUUAUCGGAUCCCGGGCCUCACUGUCUCAUUUGGCUGCCACUUUAUCAUAGAAUGGCUGCUGUUGAGUCUGUAACCCAUCCAAUAGUGUGUGACGCCUGUCACAAGGACAAUUUCACUGGUUUUCGUUAUCGUUGCCAAAAGUGUCACUCGUAUCAACUGUGCCAGGACUGCUUUUGGCGUGGAAAAGUAUCCGGUGGGCAUAAUAAUGAUCACGAGACUAGGGAGUACAGUAGUUUCAAAUCCCCAUCUAAACAAAUCGGUCACUCCCUCCGCAAAAGCUUCAGAUGCGUCCCAGAGAAGGGAAAAAAUAGUCUUCCAAGAUUCCCCGAGCAGCCCGAGAAAACGCUGGAUCUGUCCCACAUAGUACCCCCGUCGCCCCUGCCAUCGCACAACGGCUUUCCGGAUCCCGGUUUUAUGGCGCCAUUCGACGCUGGUUCAAUGGACAGCCGUUCAACACUGAAGAGCCUCGAUAGCUCCAGAGUUGAUGACGAACACAAAUUAAUCGCCAGAUAUGCACAGAGACUGGCACAAGAGGCAAGAACAGUGCCUCGUGCGUCCUCGAGAAUGUCCCAGGCCGACCAAUCGCAGGGGAGAGUGCCGUCAGACGCAAACUUGGCUUCACUGGACACAUCACGAGCUCAACGUGAACUCAUUUCGCAGCUUGAGGCUAAGAACAAGGAAAUCAUGAGGGAGAUUGCAAGGUUAAGGAGGCAACAGGAGAUGGAGGCAGCCGAGAUUCAGGACCCGGCGCUACUGUCAGAGCUCAGGGCUUUGAGGAUGAGGAAGGACGAACUUGAAACGCAUCUGACAACUUUGCAGGACUCUAGGAGACAACUCAUGGCACAACUCGAGGGAUUAAUGAAGACUUUGAAGAGUCAAGCAUCACCCCGCUCAACUCCCAACAGUUCACCCCGGAGUACAAAAUCCCCUCCGCUACCACCGGGUGGACUACCAAACAGUAGAUCAGCACCACCAACCCCAGGUGGUCCUCUGUCAACCCCUCAACACCAGCAUGGCUCCCAAAAUAUUCAACAACAGCAGCAACAGCAGCAGCAACAACAACAGCAGCAGCAGCAGCAACAGCAAAAUCAACAACAAAUGUCCCAAAAUUAUCAGAGCCCAGUGCUAGGUAGCAGUAUGCAGGGGAACGCGAUGCUCGGAACACUACAGAAUCCCAUACCCGAUAGUCUCUCGUGCGUUGGAGGCGAUGUCAGGUCUGCGUUCAGGACAAACAGUCUACCUGGGAGUGGAUCAAGCAGUGCCAACAAUAGCUUGGGAAGAUCUCUGAGAAAUGAUCUACUUGUUGCUGCUGACAGUGUCACCAAUGCCAUGUCAACACUCGUGAGAGAGCUUAAUUCAGACUUCGAAGCCGGUGAAGAUGGUGACGACUCGAGCGGAGGUGGAAAUUCAUGGCGAGAGGAGCUACAACGGCGAUACCAACAGGACAGUGAUUUCCUAGCCGAAUUGCGAGCGAGAAAUUCAAGUGUCUCACAGACCCCAUCAGCAACGCCAUCGAGCGAACAGGAGCAAGAGCGAGGGGAGCGAGAGGAGGCUGAGGGGGAGAAGGAGACUGACGCCGAGGCUGAGUGGGCAGAGGCUGUUAAAAGAUGGGUCAAUCGAUAAGGCGAUUGUAAAAAUCCAAAUUUCAAAAAUUAAUUGAAAGAAAAAUAACAACGACAUUCGUUCAGUUUCUUUGGACCUUUCGCGUGAUGAAAAAUCUUCCGAGGAUUUUUUUUUCGACUAAUGGAUAUUGAUAUACGUAUUACAAAGUGGCUAACACUUUUUUCGAGUAUUAUAUUGAGGAAUUUAUGAGGAUAAAUAAUGAAUUUAAGGAUAUCCAAGUAUCUUUCGCAGUCUGGUAAAGAUCUCACUAUAAAGUCCACCGCUUUCAAUCAUGAAAUUUGUCAAUUAAAUUGCGUAAGAAAAAUUUCAAAAAAAGUUGAAUAGAAUAGAA